AUGGCUCGCCAGCUGGAAUAUGCCAACGAGCCGAUUGCCGUUGUCGGCAGUGCUUGUCGAUUCCCCGGAGAUGCCUCAUCUCCAUCCAAGUUGUGGGAACUUCUCCGCCAACCUCACGAUGUCAUCAGCGAUAUUCCGCCAAGCCGGUUUAACACUGAUGGCUUCUACCACGAGGAUGCCCUCCACCAUGGUGCUACCAAUGUUCGCCAAUCCUACAUACUCAAAGAAGACCAUCGUCAUUUCGAUGCUCAGUUUUUCGGUGUUAAGCCUGUCGAGGCUAACUCCAUCGAUCCUCAACAACGACUUCUCAUGGAGACCGCUUAUGAAGCUCUGGAAGCUGCGGGUAUCCCCAUGGAGAAAAUCCAGGGCUCUAACACUGGCGUGUACGUAGGCCUGAUGACGGGUGACUAUGCCGACCUUCUCGGUCGUGACAUUGACAAUUUCCCUACGUACUUUGCCUCCGGCACCGCACGAAGUAUCAUUUCCAACAGAAUAUCCUACUUCUUUGACCUCCAUGGCCCAUCUAUGACCAUCGACACAGCGUGUUCCUCCAGUCUUUAUGCUAUCCACCAGGCGGUUCAGAGCCUUCGAAGUGGCGAGUCCGGCAGUGCUAUCGUCGCCGGAUCUAACCUCCUUUUGGGCCCCGAACAAUACGUUGCCGAGAGCAAGCUGAAAAUGCUUAGCCCCAAUAGCCGAAGCCGAAUGUGGGACAAAGAUGCCGAUGGAUAUGCCCGUGGUGAUGGUGUUGGUGUCCUGGUGCUCAAGACUCUUAGCCAGGCACUAGCGGACCACGACAACAUCGAAUGCAUUGUCCGAGAGACAGGCGUCAACCAAGAUGGACGCACAAAGGGCAUCACUAUGCCUAACCCAGUAGCUCAGCAAGAGCUCAUCAACGCUACUUACCAAAAGGCCGGGCUAGAUCUGUCUAAGCCGGCAGAUCGCCCUCAGUAUUUUGAGGCUCACGGAACUGGUACCCCUGCUGGUGACCCAAUGGAGGCCGAGGCCAUCAGCACCGCCUUCUUUGGACCAAACAUUGGGUUUAAGAGGGCCGCAACCGACGCCCCUCUGUAUGUCGGUUCAAUCAAGACUGUUGUCGGCCACACUGAAGGCACUGCCGGUAUUGCCGGUGUCAUGAAGGCCUCGCUAGCCCUCCAGAACAGCACCAUUCCUCCAAAUCUGCUCUUCAAUGAACUCAGCCCCCGGGUCAAGCCUUUCUACACUGAUCUGCGUAUUGCCCAAGAGGCACAGCAGUGGCCUGAGGUCCAGACUGGUGACCUGCGCCGUGCCAGUGUCAACAGUUUCGGCUUCGGAGGUGCCAACGCCCACGCCAUCCUCGAGAACUUUGUCCCAGAUCCUGCGCAAGCUCUUCUGAAGAAUGUUGAAGAGUCCACCGGUCCCUUCAUGGCACCUUUUAACUUCUCCGCUGGUACAGAGAAGUCUCUCGCCAAUCUUCUCUCCACAUACUCCUCGUUCAUCAAGGAGAACCCGACAAUUAGCCUUCGAGACAUCUCCUGGACUCUCAACACUCGACGAUCUACCCUGCCGUUUAGGGUAUCUAUCUCUGCUCUAACGGUCGAAGACCUGGCCAAGAAGCUCGAAGAUGUCAGCCAGAACACCAUGGACUUUAUGACCGUUUCUAGCUCUCAAGCCACUUCGGAGGGCAAGCCCCGCCUGCUUGGUGUUUUCACUGGACAGGGUGCCCAGUGGGCCACUAUGGGUGCUGACUUGCUCCGAAGCUCGCCUCUGUUCUCGGAGUGCAUUGAUCAGCUGCAGAGCGCUCUUAACACUCUUCCCGCCGAGCACGUCCCUGAGUGGACCAUCCGGGAAGAGUUGCUCAAGGAUAAGGAUUCUUCUCGUAUUGGCCAGGCGGCGCUCUCACAGCCUCUGUGCACCGCUGUGCAAGUUGCCCUUGUUACCCUUCUUCGGGCCGCUAAGAUCGACCUUGCUGCAGUUGUUGGUCACUCUUCUGGUGAAAUCGCUGCGGCACAUGCUGCUGGGUAUCUCUCCGCUGAGGAUUCUAUUCGAAUUGCAUACUACCGUGGCUUCUUCCUGAAACUCGCUGGUAGCGAAGAUGGUGCUCAGGGUGGUAUGAUGGCCAUCGGUACGUCUCACGAGGAUGCAGAAGAGCUUUGCGAGCUUCCCUCUCUUGAGGGCCGCAUCUGCAUUGCUGCCAGGAACUCGCCCAACAGCUUGACCCUGUCUGGUGACCUAGAUGCCAUUGAGGAGGUCAAGGAUAUUCUUGAAGAUGAGCAGAAGUUUGCUCGUCUCCUAAAGGUCGACAAGGCUUACCAUUCGCACCACAUGAAGCCAUGCUUUGAGCCUUACGUCGCGGCCCUCAAGACAUGCGACAUCAAGAUCCUGACUCGCUCUGACGACGCAAACCUCCCUGUCUGGAUUUCCAGCGUUGUCGGUGAGAACAUUGAGAGCAUUGACCUCAGCGAGCUCCAGGGCAAGUACUGGGGUGACAACAUGUGCCAAGCUGUUCUGUUCUCCCAGGCUGUGGAGUACGCCAUCGGUGCCGAGGGUCCCUUUGACAUGGGAAUUGAGGUUGGCCCUCACCCUGCUCUUAAGGGCCCUGCCACAUCCACUAUCAAGGAAAUCUCCGGCCAGGAUAUCCCCUACAUCGGAACCUUGGCACGUGGUGUGAACGCAAUCGAGGCUAUUGCUGACUCUUUCGGUUCUCUCUGGAAGUCACUCGGUCCUGCAGUCGUGAAUUUCACAGCCUACGAUGAAGCUGUUUACGGCAGCAAGGUGGGACCUCAGCUGUUGAAGGGCCUGCCAACGUACCCUUGGGACCACGAUCGUAUCUACUGGCACGAGUCGCGGUACUCCAAGGCAUUCCGUGGCCGCAGCCAGGCUCCUCAUGAGCUUCUCGGCACCAUGUGCCCCGAUGGCAUUAACAACGAGGUUCGAUUCAAGAACUACCUAACUCCCCGUGAGAUUCCUUGGCUCGUCCACCACCAGAUUCAGGGUCAGAUUGUCUUCCCUGCUGCUGGCUACAUCUCGGCAGUUGUCGAAGCGGCAGUCAAGCUUUAUCCUGCCGAGUCGAUCCAGAUGCUCGACUUUAUCGACUUCAUCAUUGGACAGGCUAUUACUCUGGAGGAGAACGGCGGUGUUGAUACCAUCCUGUCUCUCAAGGUUGUCGAAGAAAGCCCAGGCGUUGACCAGCUGGUUUUCGCUUACUAUUCCGACAGCGGAAAGGAUUCUGGCGCCAUGGUCAAGAAUGCCUCAGGUAAGCUUCGUGUCGUCCGAGGCGCUGCCUCCAAGGAAACACUCCCCUCUCCCUAUGUUCGUGAGGGUAUGUACCUGGAUCUUGAGUGGGAGCGAUUCUACAUGGCCACCAGCGAGCUGGGCUUCGGCUACACCGGCCCCUUCCAGGCUCUCUCCAACACUAGCCGAAGGCUUGGCGAGGCUCUCGGUACCCUGGGUGUUCCUGAGGCCGAGGGCAAGAAUGCGCCUUCGCUGAUCAUCCACCCUGGCACCCUGGAUUGUGCCAUCCAGUCUAUCAUGCUGGCUUUCAGCUACCCUGGCGAUGGCCGUCUGCGUACUAUCUAUUUGCCAACGAAGGUUGAUCGCCUUCGUAUCAACCUUGCCUACUGCCGGGAGUCCACCCUCCAGUAUGGUGCUCAGCUGCCGUUCUACUCAUCCAUGGCCGACAAUGGCGGUGCAGAUCUGUCUGGUGAUGUUGAGGUUUACUCGGUUGAUUCUAGCCACACAAUUAUUCAGUUGCAAGGCCUCCAUGCCACACCUUUGGACAAGUCAAAUUCUGAGAAUGAUGCCAACAUCUUCUCUGAGUUGACUUGGGGACCCGAGAUCCCCACCGGAACUAACGUUACCUGGGAAGGUGAUGAGUACGCUGACGACCUUGACCUUUCGUUCCUUAUGGAGAAGGUUGCGUACUUUUACCUUCGCCAGAUUGAUGCCGAGUUCCCCAAGGGUAAGCGAGAAGGAUUUGAGUGGCACCAUGACCGCCUCUUCGACUAUGUCGACCACUGCUUGGAGUACGUUGCCAGUGGCACGCACCCAUAUGCAAAGAAGGAGUGGAUUAAUGAUAAGAGGGAGGAGAUUCUUAAGAUCAUUGACAGUCACCCUGACAGCAUUGACUUGCGUAUCAUGAAGGCUGUUGGUGAAAACAUGCCCACUGCUAUCAGGGGCGACAUGAAUAUUCUGGAGGCAAUGAUGCAUGGCAACAUGCUCAACGACUUCUACGCCUACGCUCUGGGUAUGAACACAUAUCUUGAGGAUAUGGCCCGCAUUGUUGGCCAGUUCAGCCACCGCUUCCCCCACAUGAACAUUCUUGAAAUUGGUUCUGGAACUGGUGGUGCCACUGACAUGGUCCUCAAGCGUCUCAACGGCGCUUUCUCCUCGUAUACGUACACUGAUAUUUCUAGUGGCUUCUUCGAGAAAGCCGAGGAGAAGUUUGCUGAGCACCGCUCUCGCAUGAUCUUCAAGGUUUGUGAUAUCGAGAACAGUCCUGCUGAGCAAGGCUAUUUCGAAGGCUCAUACGAUCUUGUUAUCGCCUCUCUGGUCCUCCACGCCACCCGAAACAUUGAGGAAACCAUGCACAAUGCCCGCAAGCUCUUGAAGCCCGGUGGCCACCUUAUCAUGGUUGAGCUUACUGACAAUGACCCCAUGCGCUUCGGUUUCAUUUUUGGUGGCCUGCCUGGUUGGUGGCUUGGCCACAACGAUGGCCGCAAGCUAUCUCCUUGCGUUGAAGCCAAUGUCUGGGAGGACAUGAUGUUGAAGACUGGCUUCUCUGGUAUUACGUCCCAUACCCCCCACAACAGCAACUUCCCUCUGCCUCUGGCCGUGAUUGCUUGCCAGGCUGUCGAUGAUAAAGUUUCUUUCCUUCGCGAGCCACUUCUCGCCGAAAAUGAACCGCUCGAUGUGAACAGCCUGACUAUCAUCGGAGGAAAGGGCGACAUAUCCGGUGACGAGUUGGACGAGAUCGUUUCGCGUCACUACAAGGAGAUCCACCGUAUCAACAGUUUGAAUGAGGCCGCUGACGCUGAAUUGCCCUUCUCUGGUACUGUUGUCUGCUUGGCUGAUCUCUUCGACGAGUCUACUUUCGAGGACAUCUCUUUGACAAAGCUGAAGGCUCUCCAAAACAUCUUUAACCAGAGCAAGAAUAUUCUUUGGGUUACGUGCGGAGCACAAGCCGACAGCCCUUACAAGAACAUGUUCAUUGGCUUGCAGCGAAGUGUCAUCCUAGAGCUGACUCACGUCCGCUGUCAGGUCUUGGACUUUGCUACGCCUUCUGAGAUCAACUUUGAGAUUAUUGCCAAGAAGCUGCUCCAGCUUGAUGCUUACAGUGUCUGGGAUGACAAGAGCCAGCUCAAGGAAAUUCUCUGGUACAAUGAACCAGAGAUCCUCAUUGAAAACCAGCAGGUUAUGAUUCCUCGCUUCCGUCUCAGCCCAGCGAGGAACAACCGAUACAAUUCUUCGCGCAGACUCCUAACCCGUGAUGUGAACAUCAAGGACACCACCUUGUCCAUCACGCCUCAGGACUCCAAAUUCGUUGUGAGGGAGAAGCAGGGAGCCAAUAAGUCCCGCAUUGGAGGAAUUAAGCUUAGUCACUCGCUUCUUAAGGCCAUCAGAGUCACUGGAAAGAGCAAGGCUUUCAUCUCGCUCGGCGAGGACUCUCAGAAUGGCUCUCGUGUCAUUGUGUUGUCCAGCUCUCUGGAUUCACACGUCUACGCACCCACUGGAUGGACCAUUGCUAUGCCUCAGUCUGACGAGCAGGCGCUCAAGGCUUUGAUGUCGCUGUAUAUGCAGCUCCUAGCCCACAGCAUCCUUGAGAACGCCGUCCAGGGCAAGCUCAUUGCCGUGUUCAACCCUGGAUACGCUCUGGGUGGAGCCCUUGCCAAUCUUGCCGCUCAGCGUGGUAUCCAGCUGGUUCUCCUUACCACUGCGGCCAAGAACUGCACCAGGCCUUGGGCAUACGUGCAUCCCCGUGCGACGACAUCGUCCCUUCACAAGCUUCUGCCAAGAAACCUGUCUAUGUACGUUGACAUGGACACUCAGAGUGAGACGUCACAACUUGUGCAGGGCUGCCUGCCUCCAGACUGCCCCAAGCUUGAUCACAAUGGUCUGGUCAGCGAUUACGCUCGGCUUGACCUCAGCCCACUUGGCGUCCGACAGGUGUCUGACCAUGUCCAGAUGGCUUGGCUGAACUGCGUAGAUAGUCUCUCCACCCCCGACAUUGGCUCUAUCCCGACCAUCUCUCUCGACGAGAUCACUGAGAACAGCUCUGCGUCUUUCCAGGAGCAGGCCAUCGUCUCUUGGGAGGGUCAGCCUACUGUCCGCAUUCAGAUGCAGCCCGCCAACAAAGAAGUUAGCUUUGCUUCGGACAAGACCUUCUGGCUUGUUGGCUUGACUGGUGGUCUGGGUCUGUCUCUUUGCCAGUGGAUGGUUGAGCGGGGUGCGAGAUACAUUGCCCUGUCCAGCCGUAACCCCAAGAUCCAGGAUGCCUGGCUCCAGAUGAUGUCCGCCCAUGGCUGCACUGUCCGCGUCUUCGCCAACGAUGUCACAAACCGACAGUCUGUCCGCGGGGUCUAUAAACAGAUCAAUGACACCAUGCCUACCAUUGGCGGUGUUGCUCAGGGUGCUAUGGUUCUCCACGAUACCCUAUUCCCUGAUCUAGAUAUGGAGCGCCUUGAGAAUGUCGUGAAGCCUAAGGUUCUCGGAAGUAUCUACCUUAACGAGCUGUUUAGUGAAGCAAACCUAGACUUCUUUAUCUACUUCUCGUCCAUGGCCUACGUCACUGGUAACCCGGGACAGAGCGCCUACUCUGCUGCCAAUGCCUUCAUGGCCAGCCAAGCUGCUCAGCGACGCAAGCGUGGCCUUGCUGGCUCUGUCAUCAACAUCGGUGCCAUCAUGGGUAACGGCUACGUUUCCCGAGAGCUGACCCUUGGACAGCAGUCCUUCCUCCACAAGGUUGGUCACUCUUGGAUGUCUGAACAGGACUUCCAAGAGAUCUUUGCUGAGGGUGUUCUUGCUGGCCGCCCUGGCUUCUCUGAUACUUAUGAAAUGGCCACUGGCCUCCGACUCGAUGAUGACGCAGAGCGUGACUGGGCAUCGAACCCAAUGUUCCAGCAUUUAGUCCGCAAGGCUAGUCACCUAGUCACUGGCCAGAGCAAGAACAAGGCUGGUGCCGCGAUCAAGCCUCAGCUCUUGGAGGCUACUAGCGAGGAGGAGGUGUUUGAGAUUCUGAAAGGCAAGUUUUCCUCAACAGAACAAUAUGCCAAUUUAUUUACUGACUUUUCAAUAGUUGGGUUCCUCUUGAAGCUCCAGAUUGCACUGCAGGCCGACCCCGACAUGCCUAUGCUUGAAGUGAGCCCUGACGAGCUCGGUGUAGACUCGCUUGUUGCUGUCGACAUUCAGUCUUGGUUCCGCAAGGAGGUUGGUGUCGAUAUGCCUGUCCUCAAGGUUCUCAACGCACUUUCUGUCCGUGAUCUCUUGUAUGCUGCACAGGAGAUGCUGUCACCUGAGAUGGUCCCCAACUUGGGUGGCGAGCCGAAGCCCAAGAGUGUUGAUCCUAUUAAGGAAGCACCUCCCGCCCCCAUCCCGACAGCAACGCCUCAGAAGCGGACGCCUAGCCUAACGGACAUUUCGUCUACCACUGUGCCCACCAUCGACCAUUCUUUCUCGAGUGAGAGACAGUUGACUCCUACUUCAGAUCUGGAGCCGCAGACGCCCCCAACCAAUGCUAGUACUCCUCCUCCCAUAUCCCCAGAUAUGGAGGAGAAGCUGCUUGGGUCGUAUAUUGAGGAAGGAUUUGAGCGAGUUGUUCCUAUGUCAUUUGCUCAGUCUCGAUUUUGGUUCUUGAACUUCUUUGUUGAGAACAAGACUGCUUUCAAUGUCACAUCAGUUGUCCACCUCAGGGGUAAGCUUGACAUUGAGAAAUUCGGCAAGGCUCUCACCGAGGUGGGACAGCGCCACGAGGCCAUUCGGACUGUCUUCUAUACGGAUGAGAACACCAAACAGCACAUGCAGGGUGUCUUGCCCAAGUCCACCUUGACGCUCCAGCAUGCCAAUGUUAACGAUGAGGGUUAUAUUCAAAAGGCUGUCCGUGAAAUGCAAGACCACGUCUUUGAUCUUGCCAAGGGUGAUUCUCUCCGCCUGCAACUUAUCUCGCUCUCUGAGGAACGACACUGCAUUAUCCUCGCCUACCACCACAUCGCUGUGGACGGCAUCGGCUUCCCCAUCUUCUUCGCUGACCUCGAGAAGGCUUACAACGGAACUCUCGAUCUGAGUGGCGCGGGUAUGCUGCAGUACCCCGAUUUCUCUCUCCGUCAGCUUCAUGAGUACGAACAGGGAUCAUGGUCCAAGGAGCUCAGCUACUGGCGCAGCCAGUUCCCUGACCUUCCCGCUCCUCUACCCUUGCUUCCACUGUCUCAGCGUUCAUGGAGACCCAACUCCUCCAGCUUUGGUUCGCACUUGGUUGACUUCCGCAUGGACCAGGCGCUGAAGACCCAGAUUGAACAGUGCUGCCGCCGCUUCAAGGUGACCCCAUUCCACUUCUACCUGGCUGUCUUCCGCAUUCUCCUCUUCCGCUUCACCAACGGCAUUGACGAUAUGUGCAUUGGUGUUGCCGACGGCAACCGAAAGGAUGCCGACGUGCUGCAGAGUCUUGGUCUCUUCUUGAACCUACUCCCACUGCGCUUCCGUCAGGACCCCAAGCAAACCUUCGCGGAUGCACUGAAGGAUGUCAAGAGCACUAGCGAUGGCGCCUUUGCCAACUCUCGUGUUCCUUUCGAUCUUCUCCUGAACGAGCUUCAAGUGCCCCGGUCUCCUUCUUACAGCCCGCUCUUCCAGUCGUUCCUUAACUACCGUCAAAACAUCGUCGAGGCACGCAGCUUCUGCGGCUGCUCUUCUGAUGGUGAGCUGAUUGCUGGUGGCCAGAACGCCUACGAUAUCAGCGUGGAUGUUGUUGAUGUCAGCAGCGGUGAUAACCUUGUGGUCUUUGCUGUGAAUAAGGAUCUCUACUCUAAGGACGAUGCCGAUGUGCUUAAGAAGAGCUACCUCAGCCUUCUCCAGGGAUUUGCGCGAAACCCUGCUGCUCGCAUUGUCUGGCCCGCUCUCCAUCUCGAAGAGGAUGUGAAGAGUGCUGUAGAGUUGGGUCGUGGUGACGAGCAAACUACCCAAUGGCCAUCUACUAUUGUCGACCGCAUUGACGACAUGUCCAAGAUGUACAGUGAGAGAGCCGCUCUGACUGACGGCGUCGGAAAGAGCCUCACUUACAAGCAGAUGGCAAGCCGCGUGAGCGAGCUUGCAGCUCUACUCCUGGACCGUGGAGUGGGCAGCGGUUCUUGUGUGGGUGUCUUCCAGAGCUCUGGACCGGAAUGGGUUUGCUCUGUGCUCGCUAUUCUACGAACUGGAGCUGCCUACGUCCCUCUUGACUCCCGUGUGGGCCUGGACCGCCUUCUCCUUGUGGUAGAGGACUGCAAACCCCAGGUCCUUUUCGUUGACAGCAUCACCGAGGGCGAGACUAAGUUCUUGAGUGACACUGGAGCGGAUAUCAUCAAUAUUUCCACUGUUCCUGUAUCUGAGGAAGACAAGUUUGUUCCUAGCCAGGCCAAUCCCUCUGACACUGCCGUGAUUGCCUACACCAGUGGAACUACUGGUGUACCAAAGGGCGUGGUCCUGAAGCACUCCGGAUAUAAGAACUUCCUGGAGUUUGCCGUUCCCCGAUGGGGAAUCAAAGAGGGUGAAGAGAUUGUGCUGCAGCAGUCUUCAUAUGCAUUUGACAUGUCCAUGGGUCAGAUCAUCGUCGGCCUUGGAUUUGGUGGCACUCUUGUUAUUCCUGACACAGCUCUUCGCCGUGAUCCUGCCGCUGUUUGCGACAUCCUCGUCUCUCAGGGUGUUACCUUCACCCUGGGCACUCCUACUGAGUAUAUGGCCUGGAUCCAGCAUGGUGGCCAGGAGUUGCUGCAAACCUCCCAAUGGCGCGGUGCCAUGAGCGGUGGUGAGGCUAUGACUGAGUCUCUCGUCCGUGCAUUCCGCUCCCUGCAGAAGCCGGAUCUGAAGCUCAUUAACAGCUACGGUCCUGCCGAAACCACCUGUGCAUGUGCGGACAGCGAGGUCUCCAUCGCAGAUGCCGACGACCUUUCCUUUGCUGUUGUUCCAAGCCCCAACUACAGCAUCUAUAUUGUUGACGAGAAUAUGAACCCUGUGCCUGCCGGCGUGCCCGGUGAAGUUGUCAUUGGCGGUGCUGGUGUUGCCGGAGGUUACCUCAACCAGGAGAAGGCCACCUCCGCUGCCUUCCUCCCCGGCAAGCAGGCUACCCCCUUCUUCAAGGAGCAAGGGUGGAACACCGUCCACGCUUCCGGUGAUCGCGGCCAAUUCACUGCUGAUGGACGCCUAGUCCUACAGGGUAGAAUUGAGGGAAGCACUCAGAUCAAGAUUGGAGGUAUUCGCAUGGACCUUGAGGAUAUUGAGAACACCAUCGUCAAUGCUGCUGCUCCUCACAUUAACCAAGCUGUGGUCUCAGUUAGGCAGAUCCAGAACUCGGAUAACAAGUAUCUGGUUGCCUUUAUUGAGCUUUCCGACAACCAAACUGAUCAGAGUGCAUUCCUGGCAGAGCUUCCUCAGAAGCUCCCUCUGCCCCAGUACAUGCGCCCUUCGACCAUCGUUGCUCUAGAUGCCAUCCCCAAGACGAGCUCUAACAAGGUUGACCGAUCGGCGAUCAACUCUAUGGAACUCCCUGAGAGCACUCAACCCCGUACCGAAGAUGACACCGCUGAUCUCAACGAGUUUGAAGAUACUCUCCGUGGUCUCUGGGAGCAGGUUCUUCCUCAGGAAGUCCUCCGCAGCCAUAUCUUGAACAAGGCCUCCGACUUCUUCCAUGUUGGUGGUAAUUCUCUAUCUCUGGUAUCCCUACAGACUCAGAUCCGCGAGCGUCUCGACAUUACUGUCCCGCUCUCUCAGCUCUUCCAGGCUAUCACCCUGGGUGAGAUGGCGGUGAUGCUCCAGGACCAGGGCUCAGGCAAGCAGACUAUUUAUGUCGACUGGGAGAAGGAGGUCGAGGUUCCAUCUGACCUCAUCGAUGCACCCAAGUCUCCCAAUCCGGUCGAGCCAUCCACUACCCCAAGCAUUGUCGUUCUUACUGGAUCUACUGGUUUCCUGGGCAAGGAGAUUCUCCGCCAACUGACCAACAACAAGAACAUUACAAAGAUCUACUGCUUGGCCGUCCGCAAACCCAGAGAGCAGCUUUCCAAGAUCUUCGACCACCACAAGGUCAUCGUCUACGGAGGUGAUCUCGGUGCUAAGCAGCUUGGCCUUUCUAAGACGGAAGCAAAGGCAGUGUUCGACGAGGCCGAUGCCGUGAUCCAUGUCGGCGCUGAUGUGUCUUUCAUGAAGACCUACCAGAGUCUCAAGCUCAUCAAUGUUGCUUCUACCAAGGAGCUUGUCCGCCUCAGCGUUCCCCGCCGUGUUCCCUUCCACUUUGUCUCUUCUGCCAGUGUCGCCCGCCUAUCGGGUCUCGAUGCCUUUGGUCCGGUCUCUGUUGAGGAGUACCCUCCCAACGGCGAGAACGAUGAUGGCUACACUUCAGCCAAGUGGGUUAGCGAAGUCUAUCUGGAGCGCAUCAACAAGCAGCUUGGUCUGCCUGUCGCCAUACACCGCCCUAGCAGCAUCACUGGUGACGACACCCCAGAGUCGGACUUGAUGAGCAACAUGAUGAAGUACUCGCGCGAGAUCAAGGCCAUCCCUGACUCGAGCGCCUGGUCUGGCCACUUUGACUUCAUAUCUGUGCAGUCGGUGGCCAGGACGAUCAUUUCCGACGCAAUUGCCGGCGCGGAGAACAUGACGGAUAGCCCUCGCUAUCUGUAUGAGUCUGGAGAGAUUGAAAUUGGCAUGGAGGAGGUGCAAGAUCUCAUGGAGAUGGGCACUGGGGAAUCCUUUGGGGUCCUGUCAGUGGACGAGUGGAUUGAUUCUGCUGCAAAGGCUGGGAUGAACCCUCUGUUGGCCAUGUACCUGCGGCGGGCCGCAGGUGGCCAGGUCCUGUUCCCCAAACUGCUCCAGCAGUGA